AUGCCAAUGUACUUGUUCGUGCUGCUCCAGAUGCUGCUCGCGAUGCUGUACACGGUGCCGUUCACGGUGCUGUACCUGUUCGAGUUUUUCGCUUUGCUGUACCAGGUCGCCACGUUCCUGAUGAUGCGUGCGAUGUGGCACGCGAUGCUGUGCCCAGCGCUGUUCGCGGUGUGCCGGGUCGUGCUGUACCAGUUCUUACUUGCCCCGGCACCGGUCGGAAGUCGCGGCGUUUUUUUCGCGGGCAGCUCGCGGCGACCGCUUCGCGUUAGGACGUUCGGAUGCGGGCUUCUCGCCGAGAUCCGAUGGUUAUGUUCGCUCGAGCCGGGGGCGGCUCUCACCCUAGACCGAGGAAUUGGAGGCAUUGGAUCAUGA